CUGCAGCCCGCUGGUCUGUGUCUGGAUCCCACUCUCGCACAGAGCUGCUAAAGACCCUCCUACUGGCUGGGCUGGAGAAGGAGGAGGAAGUCUGUUCUGCUCGCAGCCUCGGUCGAGCCCCCUUUACCGCCCUGUCAGUGUGGAGGAGAGAGAGAGAGAGAGACUGAGUGAUAGAGAGAGCGCACACGAGAGUAAGAGAGAGAGAAACUGUGUGACAGAGGGAAAGAGAACGAGGCAGGCUGCUUAGAAGAGUGAGAGAGCCAAGGACGAAAUAAGGAACACAUUUUACAAGUGCAGGAAGAGGGAGGAUCGCAGACGAGGGACUCGUUCUCUACUGGGCACCUGGGACACAGUCACUGUGUUUUUUCCCCCAUUCGUCUUCUAUCUGGAACCCGGUGGAUUGACUUACCAACCGGGGGAUUUUUUAAUACACGUUUGUGUCACAUCAUUUAGAAACUGGGGUCAUUUCUCUGUGUUAUCUUCCCUCCUGCUGGAUCGAGCGCUACAGACUGAGAUUGCUUUCUGUGUCUGUGCUCUCGUGUUGUGAUUCUGCUCCGUGCACAAAGUGCAUCUGUCGGCAACCGGUGCUGAGGAUAUCUACCCUCUGUCAAACAGGACAGCACGCAGCCACCGUCGGAUCAGACUACAGAGGAGAGAGAGAGAGAGAGAGAGAGAAAGAGAGAGACUGUGUGUAUGUAAGAGAGGGACAGAGAGAGAGGGGCAGUGAGAGAGAGUCAGAAUCACAGUGUGUCUGAGAGAGAGGCAGAUUAAAGCCCAUGCGAAAGACUGGAGUGAAACAGCUCAAAUAGAGAAGUGAACCUAUACGUCCUCUCCCGUUUUCCUUGCCAUCCCUUUCCUCCUCCUGUCCUCCUCUUCUUCCUUCUCCCAUUUUCCAACAUUCACAGGACUGCCAGAGCUACUGCCACCUGCACCUCUUCACGUCUUCACUUUCCUCUUCUUCCUCACCGUUAUCGCUCGAUACUAUCCGAUACCAGUCACUGACGGACACAGUGCUUUUGGUUCUAGCUCUCGUGGAAAUAUUUCCAUUGAUCCAGCAGUGAGAGACUGAGUGAGCAUCCAUAUCCGAUACUGAGGCUCUGGACCAGUUCGUCAGGAGCUUCCCCAUCAGAAGCAGACCUUCUCCCUGCUGCUGUCCGGCACGCAGAGCCUGUCUUCUCCCUGGAGAACUGGCUAGCGACACAGUGGUGCGGACAGCACAUACAGGAAUCGCACAGCCCCUCCGCUGCCUCUAUUCCAUUGCUAGCUACUUGGCAGCUUCCGCCCCUGUGUCACCAUUCCCUGCCUCAGUGCUAAGGAUUCCAGCUACAUGGGCAAGCGAUUGGAGCAGCAGCCAAUGUACCCUCAGUACACCUACUACUACCCCCACUAUCUCCAGACCAAGCAGCCCUAUGCUCCACCCCCUCAUCCCAUGGCUCCUCCCAGCCCUAGCACCAACAGCUGCAGCCAGGGAGGGGCGGAGCAGCUGAGUAAGACCAACCUGUAUAUCCGAGGCCUGCCACCUGGGACCACCGACCAGGACCUCAUCAAACUCUGCCAACCGUAUGGAAAAAUAGUGUCAACCAAGGCCAUUCUGGAUAAGAACACCAACCAGUGCAAAGGCUAUGGCUUUGUGGAUUUUGACAGCCCAGCUGCAGCACAGAAGGCCGUGUCGUCUCUCAAAGCCACCGGGGUGCAGGCCCAAAUGGCCAAGGCCCUGCAGCAACAGGAGCAGGACCCCACCAACCUGUACAUCUCCAACCUGCCGGUGUCUAUGGAUGAGCAGGAGCUGGAGAACAUGCUGAAGCCCCUGGGCCACGUCAUCUCCACGAGGAUACUGAGGGAUGCCAACGGGGUCAGCAGAGGAGUUGGCUUCGCCAGGAUGGAGUCCACAGAGAAAUGUGAAGUAGUGAUACAGCAUUUCAAUGGAAAAUACCUGAAAACCCCGCCAGGCAUUCCAGCCCCCACGGAGCCUUUGCUGUGCAAAUUUGCCGACGGAGGGCAGAAGAAACGCCAGAGCCAGAGCAAGUACCCUCAGAACGGGAGGCCGUGGCACAGAGAAGGCGAGACUGGCAUGGCGUUAACAUAUGAUCCCGCUGCAAUGCAGAAUGGGUUCUACUCCUCGCCUUACAGCAUCGCUACCAACCGCAUGAUUGCACAGACCUCCAUCACGCCCUUCAUCGCUGCUUCCCCCGUUUCCACAUAUCAGGUCCAGAGUACGUCAUGGAUGCCUCAUCAACAAUAUGUUAUGCAACCUACAGGUGCAGUGAUCACGCCAGCCAUGGACCACACUAUGUCCAUGCAGCCUGCCAGCAUGAUGGGCCCUCUCGCCCAGCAGAUGAACCAUCUGUCCCUGGGCACUACAGGAAGUUAUAUGACUGCUGCAGCUGCCGCGGCGCCUAUGCAAGGGACCUACAUUCCCCAGUACACUCCUGUGCCUCCAACAGCCGUCCCUGUCGAGGGAGUGGUGACGGACGGCUCCCCCCAGACAGUGGCUCCCUCGUCACAGGAGGUGGCUGGCCAGCAGCAACAGAUCCAGGUGGACAGUGCUGGCGAACAUGUUCCUACAUACUCAUACCAGUCCAAAUAGCAACGGCCUGAGCAAAUGUUCCUGUGACAGCAUUGCCUUGAGACAGAAGGUGGCUGCACUGUGAGUGUGAGGAAAAGAAAAAAAAAGAAAGAGAUUGCUUCCAGAUUGCCCAGGCACCAAAAAAGAGACACUUUUUUCAUUUCCUACCUGGCCUAUGAGAAAAAAAGAAAAAGAAAAAAGAGGAGGCAAAGAGUGCUGAGGAAGGGGAUGAGAAAAUUGCUGGGCACAGUGCAAAGAAGUGAAAUUGUUUAGUCUGGCAACCUGCCUGAAGGGCUGGGCUGAAGCUUGAAAAGUUUCUCAAAGAAAAUUCUCAACCAAUUAAAAAAAAGAAGAAAAAAAAUAGUAAGAAAAAAUGACAAAAAAAGGUUGAAUGUGCAGGUAGGUGAUGAAGUUUAUUUUGUAAUUAGAAAAGGGGAGUCAAGUUUGAGAUACACACAGAUUGUCUUCCUCAGAUAUUAAGCUACAAUUUCUUUUCACUCUUUUUUAUGUUCUAGUGUUAAAUUUUACUUUUCUAGAUAUAUUCAAAAACAAAGUGUUUUUUCUUUCUUGAAUCUUCAUGGCCUUAAUUUGAAGGGCGUCGGAAACUUUUUACAGAGUUAAAGUCUGACGUCUGGUUGGGGGGGGGGGAAGCAAAUGAAAUCAGUCUCUUGGACCACUUGGAGGGUACAAGACACUGGAUGAGUUGUUCUAAAGAGGAAAAAAAAGAAUCUAUCACAUAAGCUGUACAGAUUUAAUAGAGAAGAGCUUUUUUUCUUUUCUUCAUUAGAAGAAAACUUUGAUAAUUAUUAUGUCAGAGGUAACUAAGUGUCAGAAGAAAACAAAAUGUCUGUUUGGGGAAAAGACUUGGGGGGUGGGGGUGGGGGGGGAGAGAAGCUUUGAAGAGAUUUUUCACAAUGAGAAAAAAAUGAAAACAUAAGAAAAACAUGCUGCAUUGUGGAUGCAGUCUGUUGCAAAUGCUGAACUUGUUUUUUAUUAUCAUAAUUAUUAUUUUACAUGGCAAAGUUGCUGUCAAUGACAUUAGUGCUUUUUAUCUGCCACAUUUUACCUUUUUUAUGAGCUUUAAGAUGUUUUUAGCCCGCUUUGCUUGUCACACUGCAAAAAAAAAAAAAGAAGAAGAAAAAAAUUAUAAAAUUAACAAAAAACAAAACAAAAAAACUACGGUUUAAUUUCUGGCAGUGAAACAAAAACAGUAGAUUCAGUAGGAGCUAACGGUUUAAACCAAUCAGUGCAAAAGCAAUAGAAGAAAUUGUUGACAAUUUCUGUAGUCUUUCCUAGUUGUGGAUCAAAUGCAGCCCAUGGAUGGCCAUUUUUAUACCAAAGAUGAAGAGACACUCUGAACCAGAGUUUUUUUUUGUUUUUUUGUUUUUUUUUCUUUUCAUUUUUCAGUUUGAUUUUGUUGUUGUUGAUGUUGUUGUUGAUGAUGAUGAUGUUAAUGUUGAUAUUGUUGUUGUUGUUGAUGUUGCUGUUGUCGUUGUUUUUUAUUUGACGUUGAUGGUCGGACCAGUCCUUACUAUCCUUAACAUCUUCUUUUUUCACCGGGUUUAAGCUAGUUUUCCACGGUUGUCCAAGCCGUCACACACACACACACACACACACACACACACACACACACACACACAUCUAAACAUACACACACGUAUUGUACAAACUCAAACACACAUAUCAAACAGUAUUUAAAGUGUAAUUCAACCAGUGGCAGUCCUACCAAAAGUCCUUUUUCUUUACCUCCUCUUCUCGUCUUUUUUUUACUUUCUAAGUCUCAUCACUUUUACGAUGCGUUCACACACUGUGGGUGCAUUCCACCUCUCUCUCUCUAUCAGAUCCUGCAGGGAAAAUUUUAGGAAACAGAUUGGGGAAUGUUGCUUGCUACACUCCGUGGUUGUCGACACAUUGCUUCUAGCUUUGUCCCCUUCGUGAUUUCUGUCCUCAGUGUCUUUAUCUCUUUAAUUCAAUCAUAUUUAACUCAACCAUUCCUCAGCAUACUGAGCUUCAGUGUUGAACUGGGAACUGCUGCUGUUUGACCUUCUUUUAAUCUCUUUCAUGUAUCACCAAACUUAGGUCACGCUUUUGAGUAUUUACCUGCCCAGAAUACCAGAUGAGUGGUGUUUGCUGCAUAUUGAACAACAGAUCAAAUCUGAGUUUAAAGUCUUUAGCAAUGAUUGCAUAUACUUUGACACUUAAUGGUUCUGACUUAAUCUAUUUGGCAGCCAAAACAUAUCAAAACAACAGUGAAGAAGUAAUAGAAAUGCUUAAAAGAAUAAUUUGACAUUUUUCUAAAAUAUGCUUGUUUGCUUUCUUCGAGUAAGAUGAGAAGAUCGAUUUCACUCUCUCGUCUGUACAGUAAAUAUGACGCUACCGCCAGCAGCUGGUUAGCUUAGCUAAGCACUGGCUCUAUCCGAAGGUAACAAAAUCAACUACCAGCAACUCUAAAGCUCACCGAUUAAUACGUUAUAUCUCUUUUGUUUAAUCCGUACAAAAAAAACCUAAAUGUAAAAACGACACCUUGUGGUUUUACAAGUGGGUUAUGUGCCAGACUAUUAUUUGGCCAGGCGCAAUCAUUUACUGGAGUCUUGUAAUUACCUUGAGCUUGACACUCAACCAGCACAGACUCCAGGAAGUUACUGUGAAGAAAUGUCGCACCAUUCCUUUACAAACACAUCUGAACAGAAGCAAGACCUAUUUGUAUUGAAAGACUACCACCACUCUGUGACACUAACAAGGUGUAGAAGAAGUGUGUUUAAAGGCUAGAAAAGGACUGUGUGUCUUGAACAUCCCCGUGAUCAUUUGCCCAACACAAGCAGGGGAGGUCAGCACACCUGUGGGAACUAACUAGGCUCCUUAUCAGCCGUAACAAGAUGUUGAUGGCAGCUACUUCCGCGGCCCCACCACUGAGUGUCAGUUACACCUUGUCCCAAUUUGUUGCACAAACAACCCCGUCAUAUCUUAUCUGGUCUUUCCAUCCCAGAGCUGUGUGAGGUUUUCAAUGAUUUCAUCUCUGAGGAUUGUACCCUGAAGAAAUUCCCUGUGGGACAACGGCCAUUUCUGCCCCCAUUACAGGAGCCUUUUGUGUGUCAGGAGCGCUGUGUGUCAGCUCUGUUGGCCCAUGCCCAGCCUCUCUGCCCCACUGUGGGGCUACAGCACUAAAAAGACCCUGUUUUUUCCCUGCUUCACUGGCACCAUUAAUGUACCAUGGCCAAGCCAGGCUCCUUUUGCUCUCAUUUUCCCUCAUUCUCCCUCUUUUCCUCCCUCUCAUGCCCUCUCUCUGAGGUUUCUUCUCUUUAUUGGAUGGUGCAGAAGCAGGACCACAAACCAAUUUCAGUCACUUUCGCAAUGAGGCUUGACGGGCCCAAUUUAUCUCCCUCCGGGGCAAUAGGAUCCACCCCAGUGUCCCUCAAAAGACCCCUUUCUUCCUGACAGAGAAAGGGGUUUGUUUGGCGACAAUUGCAAUUGAGCUCUUGCAGUUCAUGUGAGUUAUUCAUGAUGGCGUGUUGCGUACAUUACAGGCUAGCUACGUCAUCAUGGCGAUGUUUGUAACCAACAAUCAAAUUGUACAUUGAGUGCCUUUUAACUAAGCUUCCAAAUGAUUCCAAAUUAUCUUUGUGAUAGUUUAAAAAAAAGCAAAGCACAUGGAAGAGCUUGUUUGAUUCAGUUGUGCUAAAGAAAUGCUGCACAAUAUCGAAGCUACUCUAUGGUGCUAAAGAGGAAGCAGUCUCGGGCUUGUGCUUUCAAUGUGUUCACUGAUCUCAGUGACGAACCGGCCACUGUUGAUCACUUGGCCAUCAAGUCACUCUUAACAGGCCACCUGUUCACUUGAUGACACACAAAAGAAACAGGCACACAGGCUCUAAUCCUGAAGUGAACUAUUAAAGCCAUACGUACAUUUUCUUUUUCCUCAGUCAGUGUUAAUACCUGCUGCACAUUCUUAUCUUCCAUCCACCAAUGGAGUUCAAAAGCUAAAUGUCUUCAAACUCUCUCAAUGACCGUUAAGCUGUUUAUUGUCCAAUCAAAUCAACACCUGCCCUCUUCCUUUCAUCUGAUCUACAUCUGCUCGUACUUGCCUCGAGGCUACGAUUUGCUCUUAUCUCCCACUGAACAAGUCUUUGCCACAUUACAGUCUUAAACGGCUAACAACUGACAAAUGUUGGGUUUUAGAGCUCCCCGGACUUUCCCACAUCGCUAUUACGUUCGACAUUGUUGCAUUAACUCACUGUGUUCCAUUUUUGAGUCAUUUGAAGUGUGAAGAGAGCUGCUAAACUGUAACGUUACCAGUUUUAAGCUUGUGUGUGUGUGUGUGUGUGUGUGUGUGUGUGUGUGUGUGUGUCAGUGUGUGUGUCUGAAGAGUUCUUCUACUCAACAGUUUAACUAAUAGUGAGGUUAUGAAUUCAACAUAGCUAUAACCAAGUUCUCAAGACUUUAACAGCUGCUGUUUUAUAGAGUACAGAAGACAUUUUUGAAACUUAAUAGGACUCAUAAUGCAGGAGUUGCACAUCGGAGAGCAGAGUGUCCCACAAAUGGCCUGAGAUUCAAUAGUAAUGGCAUUAUGGGAAAAAGGAUUACAAAUAGCCAAAAGAUUAUGGAAGAAAUGCACAACAAAGAAUAUCAGCUCUAUUUUGCUAAUGGAGAUUCAAGAAAGAAAAAGAUGUUAAGGCAGGUGCUUUUGGUGUACGGUACCAAUAUUUCACAGAGAUCUGAAAGAUUACCCAACUGAACAAACAGAAAUGGCUUUUUCUUAAUAGCACAAUGGCAUAAUGUACCUUUUCAGAAUACCAAUACCUUUGUGGAAGUGUACAGAAGGCAUGCCUGCAAUUUUAAGGAGGCUGUAGCAGAAAUGCUCUGCUCCCAGUCAGCCCAUAUGUCAGCACAAACCAGGAACCAGCUAUACCAAGAGAGAAUGUGUAUGUGUGUGAGAAAGAAAGAAAGAGAGGAGGGGGAUCAUUAGCUCCUGUUGCCGGGCAGAAGUGGUCAUAGCGUGGAGUUUCUCUGUCUUCAUGCAGCAGUAUGUCCUCUGUACAGGACUCCAGGAGGUGACCAGCUCGACCCCUCGCUAAUUAGCAACACCCUUCCUUUCCUACACAUCACACCGAGACAGACUCUUUCUCCCAUUUUCUGCACAGUCGAUCAUUAUUUUUUAUUGUAUUUAACAUACCUUACCACCACUUUCAAUCCAUCCAUUUGCAACAUUCCCUUCCUUCCUGUUCUUUAUCUCCACAUCAGCAUCCUUUUCGGAUUCCAAUCUGCUGCUCUCUCAUCGUCUUAGGAUCUUUCCUACUUCUAAAUUGACUAGAGAUCCAGGGGCCUGUUUUAACAAAUUUGCAACAUGCAAGCUGCGAUUGGCAACAUGACAUGUGUUCUUGUGUUCAUUUUGACACAUUUCACUAAUCAAAACAAACGCCACCCUUGUGGCCCAUGCAUGAGCAUGCAAGAGCCCUCUAGGACCUGCAAAAUGUGUGAAACAUGAUGCUGCCAUCAUUUGCAAUCUGUGUCCAAGCACUGCUCGCAAAUAACUUUUGGGAAACCGACUCAUGGAUUUUAGGCAAAGAUGCCACCAUUGCAUACAUUUUUUUCUAUUAGCAGGGACAGCAGGUUGGACCUGUAAUGUCCUUGUUGUCAUUCAUAAACCUGGGCCCUACAGGUGCUCAAACAGUUUGCCUGCUUAAGUGUCAGGAUGAUAUUGUUUGCUUCCAUUGAUGAAACAAAGUUUAUGCAAUCAUAUAUUAAGUGUUACAGAAUUGUAAGAUUACCUAUUUAUCUUACACUAUCUGAAUUGCCACAAUGCAGUACGUCUCACUCAUCUGGUGUCUGGAGGAAGUGUAAUCAGAUGCUCAGAAUUGGUUUCCAACUUCUAUUUGAUACAGAAAGAAGGAAGAAUACUGUACACUUAGAGCGAAUAGAUCAUUUUACUCCAUAUCAGUCACUCUCUACAAGGUAAAUGUGAGCUUUUGUGAGCGUACCUAUCUAAAUACCUGAUAAAUACAGAUCUUGAGACUUUACCUACAUCCUGGUCUUUUCCGGUGUCUUAUUAGUAUAAGUAUAAAGUACUUAUUACUUCACUGUGUUUAAAAAAAAAAAAAAAAGUUUCUUGCAAUCGCCGCUGUCAUCCUUAAAUCUGACAAGAUCCAGAAAGUCAUUUAUGUAGUGUGGCUUCCACACUGUCACAGGAGUAAACUCAUUAGGUGUAUUACAUGUCAUACUUAGUUUGAGAGUUUCCUUGUAAACGGAGUUGUAGCCAUUCCACAUUGAUUCUCGGGUGUUGGGAGAACAGUAGUUCAGAGUUACUCUCACAGCUUGUCUCCCACAGAGUGUAAAGGAGAAAGGUGGCUCAAUAACUCAUCACAGACCAGCACAUACACACACUCACUCAUACUCUCCACACAUAAUGCAGUGGGAAAAUUGCUCAAACUGCCCCCCACAAGAGCGAGGGCCCUGUGCUUUUUAAUUGAUGCUCCGGUCCACCUUUGAUGAGAGCUAUCGAUUGGCCACACAAUCCCAGGAGCGCAGCCAGCCAGCACAGCCCUUCUGAGAAAUACAAAAUUCAACAAUCACUAGGAAAUGGCCGACCAAAUUGUUUAGAGAUAGCCAGCACAGAAAGUGCAUGGGAUUAAUUUACCAGAUAAAAAGAGGAACUAUUUAUUAGGACAGCAGAGCGGUUUUUAGUUUGUUUUUGUUAGUUUUCUCGUUUUUGUUUGUUUUUCACUUUUAUUUGUUUCAGCGUCGAGGAGGACAUGGUCACGCCUCGCACACGCUGCUCAGUGUGUGUGAUCUUUGAGAAACUAUCUAUACAUCUGUGGAUGUUAGGAUUUGACUUGGGUUUUAUGAGUUGUUUUUUUCUCUCUGAUGAAGCUUUCAAUAAAAAAAAAUGUGGAAAAA